AUGACCAUCCCAUCACCUCAGUCAGAUAACGGAGACAGCCAUGAUGCCGACCCACCAUCCACACCCCCCCGCUUCACCCCCCAAGACCGCACCUCCUCCCAACCAGACAUCCACCUCCCGGACGAACUCUGGCUCACCAUCCUCGACUCGCCCUGCACCUUCAACCCCUCCAUCUUCACCGAAAUCAUGUACAAUCUAAUCAAAAACCCCAACAUCACCUCCAGCCAUCUCUUCCGCGCAGACAUCUACUACGACUCCGACGAGGCGCGCCCGCAGAACCAGCAUCAUUUCAGAGAAGAGUAUCGGCCUCUUGCAUUCUCCCUGCCAGGCUACGAAACCACUCGGACCAUCGUGCGGAAACUCAUCCCCCGGAAUCCGCAAUUGGAUGACCAUCUGCUGCAAACAUGCCACUUUCUAUUCAAGUCCGAUUCAGACCAAGAAGAAACGCUGGUAAUCUACACGCCGCACGUCCGAACCGCAGAGGAAAUGCCCUUCUACCACCCCGCCGUCUCCCGCCUAGCCUUCACCCACACCCAGCAUCUCCUCACCAAAACAGCCACAAUCUCCAUCUCCUACUCCCUCUUCCCCUCCCCAGCCCCCAGCACCCCGCUCCCCUCAAAACUCACCCGCACCGCCCUCCGCCUCCUCCAAACGCUGCACAAACACGGCCAAGGCAAGCUCUCAGGCUACGAAAAGCGCGUGCACCUCGACCAGCUCAUCCCGCAAAAGCGAUACCAGGAUACGUACGCCAGGCUGAAAGCGAAGUACGGCCGCUUCCUGGCGGAGAAGUGGGUUGAGGUGACGGACGCGAGUAAGCAUGUGUUUGAGGACAUUGCGAUUGCAGCGUUUCUGGUGGAGUUGUGGGGGGAUCUGUACUCUUUUCCUGAUCUUGCAGGCAAACCUCCCUUCCCAGGCUUCGUCGACAUUGGCUGCGGCAACGGCGUGCUAGUCUACAUCCUGCUGUCGGAGAAGUACCCAGGCUGGGGCUUCGAUGCGCGCGCGCGAAAAACUUGGUCCACCUUCCCAGCAGAGGUUCAAGCUAAAUUGCAAAAGCGCCUCCUCGUCCCCUCCAUCUUCCCUCAACAACAACAGCAGCAGCAGCCGUACGAACAACCCGACGAAACCACCCUCCAAUGGACCAACGGCCUUUUUCCCAAAGGAACAUUCAUCAUCUCCAACCACGCCGACGAACUCACCGCCUGGACUCCACUGUUAGCAUACCUGACUUCCUCCUCCUUCGUCGCAAUCCCAUGCUGCAGCCACGACUUCACCGGCGCGCGCUUCCGCGCCCCGCCGAGCAAAAUGCUCUCCGCCUACGCCAGCUUGGUAUCGUACGUCGAGAGCCUGGCAGUGGAAGUCGGGUUCGAGACGCAGAGGGAGGUGUUGCGCAUUCCGAGCACGCGGAAUCUUUGUGUUUUUGGAAAGUACAUUGAUCUAGACGCUGGUGGUGGUGAUGGGGGGGAUGGGAGGCUGGAAAGGGUUGUUGGAAUUGUGGAGAGGGAGGUGAAGAUGAGUGUUGAAGCAGUUGGGAAGGCGUGGGUGGAGAGGGGGAUGGGGUUGGGAGCGAAGCCGGGGAGUGGGCAUUAG